GGGCAUGGACAUCUUGGUAGUGUCCCAAGUCCUUUGUGGGGGGGCUCAGGCAAUAGGGAAAGCCAUCUUUUAACUAAAGGGAGGCGCCAUUAAUCACAGCGAGGCCCUCGGCAAGUCUCAGGACGUGCAGCACGAGAUCAAUGGCACUCAAUGGAAGGCGGUGACCCCCUUGUUCCGGAAUUCGCAAGCGGGGUAACUGGUCUUUCAGGAUCCAGCAGGUAACGUUAUCCGUGGGCGCAGGUUUGGAAACAUGCGGACCAGUGGUGCACACGUGCCUAGUUUUUGAGGAUGAUAUACAAUCAUCCCCGCUGAGAUACCUUUCACACGCGCAGAAUGAUUUCCAAGCCUACAGUUGUUCUAUUCAUGGGACCUGCGGGGCCCGGGCGAAGCAGUUUCAUCAACAAACUUACGGGAGUUGAGGGAGGGAAGGCAAUGCUUGGGGCUGGGCCGCGUACACAGGACAUCAAGGAAAUCACAAUGAAGCUGCGCAAUAACCAAGAAUAUGUAUUGGUGGACACUCCUGGGCUCAAUGACCCCCAUCGACCGGGCGGAGAUAUACUCCAAACGAUCGCUGAUUGGUUGGAGAUGAAAUAUAGGGAGGGCAUUCUUCUCACGGGCGUCAUUUACGCUCACGACAUUACCCGCCAAAUGGACGGUAUACUGUGUGAAAGCCUGGACAUAUUUUGUUGUAUAUGUGGGGACAAAGCUGCUGAGCGCGUACGACUGGUGUCUACCAUGUGGGACCAGGUGAAAGAUCGCAGUGCAGCGGAGACUAUGGUGUCACAACUAGAAGGGAACUCGUGGAAGCCCUUACUUGACGCAGGGGCUCGCCAUAUGCAAUUCAACAAUUCCGAGAAGUCCGCGUGGAACAUUGUCAUGGAUUUAGGUGUGGGAGGACAACCUCUUUUACUCCAGCAGGAACUGGUGGAUGCAGAAAGGAACUUAUACGAGACGUUUGCUGGUCAUGCUCUCUACCUGCAGUUGCAGAAGCUUCUCCGGGAAGAACUGGAAACGCCAAAGCCAUUUUGGGGAGUUCCCAGGACGCGGACAGUUCGGAGGCCGAUGACCGAGCUCGAGAUAGAGUGCAGGCACAUUGAAGCGCAACUACGGAAGGCACGAAAAGAAAGGCAAAGACUAGAGAUGCGCCACCAUUCCUACUUGCGCCAACUUUUAUCUCUCUUUUCUAAUCCCAUCAUUGCGAUUCCAGAAGUUUCAGAAAUUGAUCUCGUAAUUUUUGUGGUUGGCCCACCGGGAGCAGACAAGAGUUGGAAUGAAGCUAUUCAGGCCGGAGAGAUUCGACACCCCUGUACCAAGUGGCACAUGAGCGCAUCCAGAUACAACGUCAAGGACAGCACGAAUGGUAUCCUAGUCGUCAACACGCCGUCGUUUCAUACCGAUAAUGACUUUUACGCUGAAAGAUUUAUGACAUCUUGGUUGAAGUCGAGGUUCACUAAAAAGUGUCGAUCCGGCGUCCUCUUUCUCCACCCGCUUUCCAAAAAUCCGAAGGAUCGUGACAUAGUGAUGCAGCGGCACCUUGAUACGUUUGCAAUGAGAUUUCCUAACAAGUCCAUGGUUCCUUCCCGCGUUUAUGUAGUGCCGAUCGGGAGUUCAGCGGAUGCAAAGUUAGGCCCUGGUCAACGGUUGUCGGAGCUGGAAAGUGUGAUGAAGUCAUCGAACAGCCAUUGUGGCCGAAGAUGGCAGGUAUCAGUGUUCCCUGGAGUGUUCGAAGGUCAACCGGAAAUAGCAUGGAGUGCGGCACUGCUGCUUCUCAAAGACAUAGCUGAGACUCAGGCAAAUGAGAUGCCCAGCUCCCGAAGACUUACUCUAAAGGGCCUCCCUCUGAAAAUCCCAGAUAACCGUGCGGGACUCAAAAAUCUUGCGGACCACCUUUUCGAAGGGUACAAAAAGGAAACGACGAACAGCAGUUUGGACGCCAAAAUCGUACUCGGGCGAGUUGUGCGGGACCUCACUCCCGCGAGUCACCCUGAGUAUAUUUCAACUCUCAUCGCUUGCGCCGACCUUCUUUCUGAGCGGUUCGGAAAGGAAGGGAGGAGAGCAGACUUGGACGAUGCUGUCACUCUCAGGCGAAAUGCUUGGACGUCUUUGCCCCCGCACGACCCAAGGUGGCGAGGGACCCUCACUGAGCUGGAUGAUUACCUCUAUAAGCGCUUCAGAAGGGGAAGUGUCGCGGAUUUAGAGGAAAUCAUAUAUCUUCGCCGAACUGCGUCGGAAUGUGCAUCCUUGCCAGAUCGCUGCAGAUCUCUGGUCCUCCUCGCGAAUGCCCUUCACGAAAGAUAUCGGACACUUCGUGUCAGGAGUGAUCUGGAGGAGGCUAUUAAGCUCGCACAUGACGUGUUGGCACAAAAUCCCUCCGAUCACCCAGAUCAUGUACUGGCUCAGAAAUGUCUCGCAGAUUGUCUCCAAACAAAGCUCGGAAAAGGGGCUGUUUGUGCAGCGAGGGCGGUGACAGACGCUUCCGACCCUACCGAUAUCCACAAGGUGAUCACGAACAUUAUUUCUGAAACCGUCGCAAAAAUGCCACCACGACUGUUGCAUACACCAACUGGCGCCUUAUGCAAUCGGGAUGCGCUGAUAUCCCAUUUCGUGAAUAGCCCUGCAUACUUGGAGCUAUAUUCAUUGUCGUCUCCAGCGCAGAUCCGUGCGAAGAUUUCAUUGUUCUUUCGGUUUACCACGCUAUCCCACAGAUGGGGAGUCCGCGAGCCAUUACUACGCGACAUUGAAGGCGAAGUGAUCUAUGACUUGGAGCGGACGGAGGGUCUGGCGAAACUCCAACAGUUUUGUCUUGUCUCACUCAGACACACUUUCUCAUGGGCAUGGAGCGAUACUUGUUGCAUCGAAAAAAACAGCAGCGCAGAGCUUCAAGAAGCUAUAGGAUCCAUGUUUUCUUGGUAUCAUCGAUCAUCCCUGACAAUUGUUUACCUGUCUGAUGCCUCCGACGCUGGCUCACUAGCUGGCAGUAUCUGGUUCAAGCGCGGGUGGACACUUCAGGAAUUACUGGCUUCACGCACCUUGUUGUUCUAUUUGCAGGACUGGUCACCCAGCAUGAACUCUGAUUCCGGAAACCACAAAACAGACCCCACUAUGCUCGAAGUGCUCCAAAAAGCAACGGGAGUGGCGGCGCGGCAUCUUGAGGACUUCUCUCCAGGUAUGGAUGAUCCACGAUCGAAACUCCACUGGGCAUCAAGCCGUUGUACCACCCGACCCGAAGAUGUUGCCUACUGUCUUUUCGGCAUUUUCAAGGUUCACUUACCUGUUAUCUACGGGGAAUCUGCGGAAAAUGCGCUUGGACGUCUUUUAGCGGAGAUCGUAUCACAAUCGGGAGACAUCUCGGUUCUUGAUUGGGUUGGGGAGGCGUCAUCAUUCCACAGCUGUUUCCCCGCCAACCUUAUACCGUACCAGACGGUGCCCUGCACGCAGUCAAUUCGAUGCGACUCUACUAGACGCGAUAGCCUCAAUUUCGAGGGUGCACGGAAAUUGUACAACAUCCUUGCGAAGUUACCACGCCCGCGAUUUUUCCACCGUAGGCUCAUCCUGUCCUCCAUCGCCUAUCGUGUCGUGGCGGCUAAACUGCUAGAAAAUUCCACCAGCUCUCCAGGUUACACAUACGAGAUUCAUGUCUCGCACCUGAUGCCCUUAGUGGUCACACUGUCGGUUUGCCUUGGGGAAGAUCCCACGACAUAUAUUCUCAUUCGUCCUUGGCAUCCAAAAUGGGUUGGAACGCAAACGGGGAGCGAGGUCGACGCUACGUGGGAGCUGCUCGAGCAACUCGAACAACCAUUCAACGCACUCCUCCUCAUGAGACUACCGCACAACGAGUACAAGAGAAUCGCAAGUAAUUGUGCGAUCACUGCUUGCGUCCAGGACCUGCGUAGUAUUGCAGACAGUGAAAUCCUAGGCUUGGAAAUUGUAUAGGUCAGCUCGUAGUGCAUGUGCCGGCUCCUUCCGGCAGCAAACGUCCAGCCGAGCGGCAGCCUGAGCACUUUCCUACCACCUGCCAGUAGGCUCGUCACCUCCCCCUCUCAACCUCCUCGCCCACUCGUUUCGCCCACCCACCGCACCCUCUUUUAUGUAUACCAUAAACACCUGUCCGUGGUUAAAA